UCGUAGCAUAGGCUCCGUCCAUAUAUUCCUAUGUCAAUGGCCAUUUCUGUUUUGUUGAGUACGAAGUAACUAUUGAAGGUUAUAAUCAUCUACUUCGGAGCGGCAUUUCGUCGUUAAAACUGAAAUAAGUAUAAAAAGAAGAGGAAAUUUACUCGUUGACGUGAUUAUUCUGAUACCAAAUGAUUAUUAGGUGUUCUAUCUUCGCUGUAAAAGGAGAAUACCAUAAUCUAAAAUGACGAACAUUGAAAUGAAUAACGAGAUCGUCCUUCUACGACAUACGGUUCGUCAAGCACGUGUUUGUGUAGUGAACAAGUUAACCAAAGAACUUAAACUCUUGCAAAACAAACACGGAAAUGAGACACAGCAGGAGAGGUAUAAAAGAAAAGCCAAUAAACUUAUCUCCGAAAUUCACGCAUUAAAAACUAUUAAAGAAGAUAAUAUUUCGAAAUAUGGUAUCAUGGAUGAAAGAAGUCUAACCGAAACAUUGCAAGAUCAGUCUUUGAGUGACGGCGACCGUGUAAUGGCAAGAAUUGUUCAUUACAAAACCCUCUACAAGAAAAUAACGCAAUUUAAAGAGAAGUUCCCGAAUUGUAAACAGUAUUUAACAGAACAAAGAAAGAGGCCUGGAAAGUUAAAAAGUAAGACUAAAAAUGUGUCGAAGAAGAAUAACCUGCAUAAACAAGAUAAGAACAUAAAGAAACGGAAGGUUCCUCUCGGCGAAAAUUUGCCACACAGUUUUGAAGAUGACGAAAGAAAUUCUGAGUUACCUGAAGUAAAGAAUGUCUCACGUAAGCGCAAGAAAUUAUCGGAUACAGUUGUAGAAAGCAAAAAGUUAAGAGAGACGGAGGAGAGUGAUACCUCAGCUGAUGAAGGUAUGGAUGAGCAGCCAAACAUGACUAAACUGUGCAACGUUACAAAGGAGGCCACGAUAAAAAGAUUUACAGAAUUCCUAGGAGAGCAGGAGUCCAACGACGAUGUGCAGACAUCUGUCGAAGAUAGAAAUCCCACGGGUACUACAGUCACGCAAGAGAAUGCGGUAGAUGAUUUCUUCAUCACGGAAAAUAAUCAAGAUUACAGAAGCAACCAGAUUAAUGCUGUGACAUUAAACACAAACUCUCGCCAACCUAAUGCACAAACUAGAGCAUUUCCGUCGAAUAAUCGGUUCACAGAACAAAAUGCAAAAUAUAGGAAUGAUACAAGGUUGAAUAAAAGUCAGAGAUACAACGAGUUAAAGUGUAAACCAAAUUUGGAGAGUCGGAAUAAAAAAACAUUUAUGAGAACAGAGAAAAGAGAAACUAACAAAAUAAAUAAGGACGUAAGUAAGAAUAAUUUACAUGAUAUUAAAAAUACGGAAGAGAAUGUCAAUUUGCAUCCCUCUUGGUUGGCUAAGAAGAAACAGCAAGAAAUCAUGAGUCAAGGAUUUCAAGGCAAGAAAAUUGUGUUCAGCGAUUAUUAAAUGUAAAUAACUUGUAAAUAAGGAAUUUAUUAAAUAAAUUUAACAUGUUUUCAAAA